CACUCACCAAAAACACAAGCCCGCAAGAUUUAUACGAGCAAACAAAAAUCAUCCCAAUUCCCAAAUCUCAAAUCCUUAGCAUUUUCUCUCUCUCCUCUGACACCACCACCACGAACAACCCUCAAAAAUUCAAGAUCAGAUCACAAAAACCCGUAAAUCAAAUCCCCCAAUUUUCAUCACCAAAUUAGGAGAGAGAAAAUUUAAGGUAUAGUUAUGGUGUACCCAGUAACUAGUUCAUGGGCCAGAGCUCUGGUUCAGAUCUCCCCUUAUACCUUUUCUGCCCUUGGUAUUGCUCUCUCUAUUGGCAUAUCUGUUCUUGGUGCUGCUUGGGGAAUUUACAUUACUGGGAGUAGUUUAAUUGGUGCGGCAAUCAAAGCUCCUAGAAUUACCUCCAAAAAUCUUAUCAGUGUAAUCUUUUGUGAAGCUGUAGCUAUAUAUGGAGUAAUUGUGGCUAUCAUUCUGCAGACAAAGCUAGAAAGUGUCCCAUCAUCUCUGAUUUAUGAACCAGAGUCUCUUAGAGCAGGAUAUGCAAUCUUUGCAUCUGGACUUAUUGUUGGUUUUGCAAACCUUGUCUGUGGGUUAUGCGUGGGUAUAAUUGGAAGCAGUUGUGCUUUAUCUGAUGCUCAAAACUCCUCGCUGUUUGUGAAGAUUUUGGUUAUCGAGAUUUUUGGUAGUGCCCUUGGGUUGUUCGGUGUGAUUGUUGGUAUCAUCAUGUCAGCCCAAGCAACAUGGCCAAAGGCUGCAUGAUUUGCACCAUCCAGCAGAAAAAUUCGUGUAAAAUAGUGAACCUCGCUCCAUUUCCAUGUUCAGUAAGCUGAAAAGCCUGAAAUGCAGUUCAUUUUGUGGAAUUACUAUUAUUCCCUUGUAAAUCUAAAACAUCUUGUCUCGCUCCUUGAAAUUGAGAUCAUAAUAGCAGAUUGAUGUAUGAUACUUAUUGCCUUUUUUGGUAGCUUUAUGUUGUUAUUCUAAUUCAUGAAUAAUAAGGGAGGAAUUCGCUGCUUUGUUUCCGGAAAACUCAUCAGCUGGAAGAGAUUAUUGUUUAUUUAUUUAUCUUGUAAUUCUUAUUCAUGUACACAAAAAUAAAGUUAUGUUUGAGCUCAUUAGGCCACACAUUUCCUAUGA